AUGAAGACUUUCGUCGCCAUCGCCGUCGUUGCGCUGAUCGCUGGAACUUUCGCUCUGACGGUCGACCAGAAGAAGAAGGCCGAAGGGUACGCGGCCGAGUGCGUGAAGUCGACGGGAGUUCCGCCGGAGACGGCGGCCAAGCUGAAGGGCGGCGACUUUGCCGGAGCCGACGAGAAAACCAAGUGCUUCGCCAAGUGCUUCCUGGAGAAGGCCGGCUUCAUGACGAGCGCCGGCGAAAUCGACGAGAAGACGGUCAUCGAGAAGCUGUCGGUCGACCACGACAAGUCGAAGGUGGAGGCGCUGGUCAAGAAGUGCAACCACAAGGAGGCCAACCCGUGCGAGACGGCCUUCAAGGCGUACCAGUGCAUCUACCCGGCCAAUAGUGCCGUCGCCUAAGUCCACUCCGGAGGAACUAGUUCGACUCUUAUUGGUUGCUAAACUGUUUGUUGAUUAUUUAUUUAUUAAAAAAAACACAGUCCCCACCCUUUUGU